ACCAGGAAAUACAGGUGUUAUCAACAUUAAUUAUCCCAGCGAGUGCCUUUCUAGCAGCGAAUAAACAGCAUCGGGAAAGUAAAUAAGCUUUUUUUUAACAUAAUAAUAUCCUGAGGAUAAUAAGUCACAGUUUACACCUGCAUACGGCAUACCGGUAUUUGUAGCGCUGUUAAAUCUGCACUAUACACUAACGUAAAAAACAGCAGCUGAAUACACGUGCAUAGUGAUAAUACCAGGUUAUUUCCUCUCAGUAAUUGUCAAAGUCAAACUUAGCCCAAGAUAUGGAUCAGAAAACAACCAGUAAACGAAAAGCAUCAAACAAAAAACCUAGUAAAAAUAAAGACGAAGUAGCUAGCAAGUACUUCAGAGAAUCUCACGAAUCAAGGUCAGAAAAGCCAUUAAACAACCCCACCAUGGCAAGUGGCACAAAACAUUUAAGGGCAUUUUUUGAGCUACCAUGUCUUGAACUGUCAAAGGCACUUCUGGGGCAGGUGCUAGUGCGGAAACUACCAAAUGGGGAACGACUGAGUGGAAGAAUCGUUGAAACAGAGGCUUAUUUGGGGAGUGCGGAUUCUGCCUCUCACUCAUACAAGGGGCCCACAGGGAGAAAUGGGGCAAUGUUUAUGCAGCCAGGGACAGCAUAUGUCUACAACAUCUAUGGCAUGUACUGCUGUAUGAACAUCUCUUCUCAAGGCACAGGUUCUUGUGUUCUCCUCAGGGCAUUGGAACCGCUAGAAAACCAGGACAUCAUGCGUGGGGCUCGCAGCACCAGGAGACAAGAUGAAGGAAAGGGGUUAAAAAUCAAAGACUUGUGCAAUGGACCAUCUAAACUCUGCCAAGCCUUACACAUAGACAAAGACAGCAUCAAUACACAAGACUUGGUGACUAGUGGCUGUAUAUGGCUAGAGAAAGGAGCACCUGUUCAAGAGGAAGAAAUCAUUGUAUCUACACGAAUUGGGAUUGAAUCUGCAGGACCUGAAAGUGCAUCUAAACCAUACAGGUUUUAUGUGCGUAACAGUGAUUGUGUAAGCAGAAGAGACAAGAAGGCAGAAGCAAAAAAUGAUCAGUCAUGAUGAUGCCAAAUAUUCUAGAUGGAUUUCCAAAAUUGCAUUUGGUAUUUUUUUCCGAAUAUGAAAAAU